AGAUGAAAUUAAAAGGAUGAGUUUGUUGAUCUCGGCAAAGCUACGCCAUGGCCUCCACAAACUCCUUGGUCGCAGCGCAGAUCCUCCCUCCGCACAACCCCGCUCGCUCCGCCAAACAUGCGGCGCUGCUCCCCACGCGGCGGCAGUGCCUGCUUCUGCUCAGCUCGGCGGCGGCGCUGAAGGCGGCGGAGUUGCCGUCGAGAGCGCAGGAUAUCCCGCUGUUCGGGCUGAGGAAGAGCCUCCGCAAGGUGGAGGAGGAGGCGGAGGAGAUCGUGAAGGAGGGCAUCGAGGCGGCGGACAAGGGCAUCGAGGCCACCGAGAGAGGGGUGGUGGCGGCUGAGAAGGAGCUCGAGACGGUGCUGGCCUUCGGCGGUCUGGCGCAGGCGGGGGUUGUUGCUGGAGCGGAGUUGCUUGGCGUCAUCAUCGCCACCUCCAUUGUUAAUGGGAUUCUGGGGCCGGAAGCUCGGAAAUCAUGACAUUAUUUGUAAUGUUACAAUUUCAUUUAUGUAUGUCUAGUGCUUGUUUAAUUUGUGUUAUGAGAGAGAUUCUUCGCCUCUUAAUUCAUCUAGGUAUUUGAUGAUUCUCAUAUUUAUACAGUGUACUAGUACUACAAUACUUCAUUUGCAGAAUAGUUGAGGCAUGUUUCUUUUUUCA